AUGACUCGAAGAUCUGGUACAUCUGCCCUUCAGUAUCAUAAGGAGUUCAAUGCUCUGGGAAUUGAGAGGCCAAGCACUAUCGGCAAUGAGAAGGAAAAUCACUGUGACCGCACAGCAGCACUUUACCAGGUCCAAAGAACCCAGGCAGAAGCACAUGAUGUAACCACAUCAAGAAGAGCAUUCAAAGAAGUUUCCACUCACAACCCAAGCCCUUCUUCAGAGAAAUGUCACAGUUCAGACACAGACCCUGGAUCUCUUUCUGAAGAGGAUGCCACAUCCAGGCCGCGUACCAAAUUUACCAAAGAGCAGCUGCAGGAGUUGGAGAAUAGCUUUAAGGAGCACAGGUACAUUGGAUCCAACGAGAAGAAGCGGCUGUCCAAGGUUCUGAAGUUAUCAGAGACCCAGAUUAAAACAUGGUUUCAAAACCGAAGGAUGAAGUUUAAGCGUCAAAGUCAAGAUGCCCGAGUAGAAGCUUUCUUUUCUGGACUCUACGUGCCUUACUAUGGCUACUCAGACUUUCAGACCCCAGCCUGCCCUGCACGCCCUGGACUGGCCAUGCCCCUUGCCCCUCCAGCAUCCAUCUACCCCUUUGCACCUCUUUCUGCUACAGUGAUUAGGCCAGGAAAUCCUCCAUCAUCCAUGCCGCCUCAAAACCUUGGCUCUUACCCGUGCCCUUCAGUGCGUGUGCAUCCAUCACUUAAUGAGCCGGUUGGGCUAAGAUUCUCCCCAUAUUAA